AUGAAAGACGCGUCGCGUAGUUGUAAGAAAGUGACCGCUGUGGAGCGAAAGAGCCUUUUUGAGGUUGGCGCGUUGGUCCGUGCUGAAGCUGCUCCCGAUGACGCACCCAAUUCUCCCCAUAUCGCGUUCUGUUUGGAGUUCGGACAAGUUAAAAACAAUAUGGGUAGUCUGAGAGCUCCUCUAAUUCGCUUGCGAGUGCCAACUCUAUCCAUCCGAGACUCCCCAAGGGCGAUCAAUUUAAGCAAUGCAGGCUACGUCAACAACCGAGUAUCAAGUCCUAUAGGAUAUACAAAGCGAUCAUACUCAUCUCAACCUGAUGAAGAUAACCAGACUUCACUCCGGUCUGGAGACCGACUUACCGGCCGCAAAUGCAUGGUCACUGGUGGGACAUCCGGCAUCGGCUUCGCCAUUGCCGAACGAUUUCUACAAGAAGGUGCAUCGACGGUAGUGCUCGUUGGCCGAUCUCAAACACGCCUAGAGGAAGCAGCGGCAAAGCUUGGGUCUCUCGCAGUCGCAGAAACAGAUCUUGGUGAAAUCAACGCUGAAAUAGCAACUCGGACACCAGAAGAAGACAACCAGCAAGUCACGCAAGGAAAGAUCCGCCUACUUGUCGGGGAUGUCUCAAACGCUAGGCCAUGGAUGCGGGAACUUGAGAAUGAAUUGGUAAGCUAUCUCGUCCCUGUCAACGAAUCUUCCCCUCAUAACCAUGACACAGGCAAAUGUAGACAUCCUAGUCAACGCAGCAGGAAUUUCGAUAUCAAACAUUCUGCCAAGGACCGAGGUGGAAGAUAUCUCCUCCAUCCUACGUACCAAUCUCGAAGGCGCAAUCCUCACUUCGCGCGCAUUAAUGCGUGCCUCCAUCCGGGGCCGCAUACGGAAUCGGGGGAUCCAGCUAGGGCGACCAAGCCCCCCUCAAAAUGCAUAAUUAACGUCUCCUCUUUACUCGCAGUCAAGGGUGGAACUGGCGCAGUUCCCUACGCUGCUUCCAAGGCUGGUCUGCUCGGUCUGACACGGUCACUUGCUGUUGAAGCAUCAGCCUCAAUGAAAGAUAUUGUCAUUCGGUCAAAUGCUAUCGUGCCGGGUUAUAUUGAUACACCCAUGGUUGCAGACUUCACACCCGGGGAAACGAGCAGGCUGAAGGAUCUUAUUCCUCUUCAUCGAUUCGGCGAUCCACGUGAGAUUGCUGAUGCAGCUGUGUUCUUGGCGCAGAAUGAAUAUGCCAACAAUUGUGUGCUAAACCUCGAUGGUGGAUUGAGUGCCGUUUGA